GAGCCGUACACUCAGGAUCAUAGCUACAGGCGACAAUGCCCGGUCAUCGACAAUCGCUGGCAGCGGCUUCUCUGAAGCUACCAUCUCUUCUGCUUCUGUGGAUCUUUAGCUGGAACUGGGGGCAUGCCGUGGCCAAGUUUGAUCCUGCAAACAUGACGGAGCUUCAGAAACAUGUCUCCUUUUUCGACCGGAACAAGGAUGGCUUCAUCACUCCUACAGAAACCAUCCAAGGGUUUGUUGCAAUCGGUUGCGAGUAUGCAUUUGCUACUGCUGCCUCUGCCGCCAUUCACGGUGCCCUUGCUCCUCAAACAACCCCGGCUGGUACACCACUGCCUCACUUGACAAUAUACGUAGAGAAUAUCCACAAAGCUAUGCAUGGAAGUGAUUCAGGUGUAUAUGAUGCCAAAGGAAGGUUUCUUCCCCAAAACUUUGAGGAAUUAUUCAAAACAUAUGCAAUACUCCGACCAGAUGCGUUGACUCUUGCGGAGAUGCAUGUGAUGCUCUUUGCAAAACGGGAUCUAGACCCUAUAUCAUGGGCACCACCACAGGUUGAGUGGGGCCUAUUAUUCACGCUUGCAAGCGAUUGGCUUGGGUUCCUUCACAAAGACAGUGUUAGAGGUAUAUAUGAUGGAAGCCUGUUUAUCAAGUUGGAAAAGAAAUGGCACCCUUUUCAAAGUGCUAUGCGAUGAACUUGGUGCUAGUUUAGAGUGAGAGUUUGGAUAUGGAAAGGUUUGUCCCGAAGAAGGUUUUCCUGCUAUCUCCAAAUUCAACUAGAGUUUAUUUUCUUUUCCUCCAAGUUGUAAUUGGCUUUAUAAGACCUUCAUAGCCGAUCAAUACAACGAAGCAAGUUGGAUA